AUGAGUAGUGAAUUUGAGAUGAGCAUGAUGGGUGGACUAAAUUUCUUCCUAGGUCUCCAAAUCAAGCAGUCUCCAUCAGGUACCGCAAUCCAUCGACAAAAAUACAUAAAAGAAUUACUAAAGAAAUUUCAGAUGAAUGAGGCUAAGACAAUUGAUACCCCCAUUGGUACCACAACAAAGCUUGACAAGGAUGAAACUGGUUCUCAGGUAAACGACACAAAAUAUAGAAGAAUGAUUAGAUCUCUUCUGUAUCUAACUGCCAGUAGACUCGAUAUUGUGUUCAGUGUUGGCCUAUGUGCUAGAUUUCAGUCAUGUCCCAAAGAAUCCCACCUAAAGAAAGUAAAAAGAAUACUUCGAUAUCUCAAAGGAACUGUGGACCUGGUGCUAUGGUAUCCCUCAUGUGACUCAUAUAGUAGAAUUUGCUCAUGCCGUCUAUGCUGGCUACCUGGUCGAUAG